GAGAGAGAGAGAGAGAGAGAGAGAGAGAGAGAUAUCAGUCUCUUGAUCUGCUUCGUUAUGUCUUCUUCUCUCUCUUUUUUAUUCGUUUUUUGCUGUGUGUGUGUGUAUGUGUGUGUUAUUUAUUUAUUUGUUUUGUUUAGUUUUGUUUUGUUUUGUUUUGUUUUGAGUUUUGUCAAUUGUGUUUUGACGGUAUUGUCUUGUUCAGAUGGAUUGUUUUCAUGUUCGUGUGUGUGGAGGAGGGUUUUGGAGUCGAAACCCUUGCGGUGGAUUUUGGUUAGUGUGUUUGUUGAAGUGGGUUGUGGAGUAAGAACCCUUGCGGUGAAUUUUAGCUAAUCGUUGGUGCUUCUUGGUUGUUGUGGAUUGUGAGGAUGUUGAUGUUGGAUUAUGGCUCCUGAACAAGCGGACAAUAUGAAGGAGGAUUCCUGGUUUAAGCUACGACAAUACUACAUGAAGGCGAAGAGCUUGGCUGAGGAAGAAGCAACUGUUUCCUCUAAUUGCGUGGAGCAUCUUGCCGGUCUAUUACCUGGUCAAGCGGCAUCCAACCGCAAGAAACCAGAUUCUAAUGAGAAGAAACGAAAGCGGGUUAGAGCAGAUGAUUCUACACGACUGUCGUCUCCCACUCAACGAAGUACGAGUGCUGCAUAUGCUAAUUUAGUACCUGGAGACCAGGUAGCAGCUCGUAUCUCAAGCGAUGGUGCAGAAAAUGAUGAGUGGAUCGUGGUGAAAUUGACGAAGCAUGACCGGGAAGCAAACAGGUUUGAAGUGAUUGACGAAGAGCCUGACGAUGAAGGAAAUGGCCAAAGCAUACUCAGGAAGUACAAGCUGCCUCCUUCACAGAUUAUCCCUUUUACGAAGAGGUCAGAUGUGUCCAACGCACCAGAUUUUCCUGUAGGAAGCCAAGUGCUGGCUGUUUACCCUGGUACAACUGCACUAUACAAAGCAUCGGUUGUUGGUCCUCAACGCAAGAAACGAAGUGACGAGUAUUCUCUGGAGUUUGAUGGCGAUGAAGAAGAAGGAGUAGCUGGCCUCCCAACAAAGAUCGUCCCCUUCUACCACGUUGUGCAAUUACCAAGUGGGCACCGGCAAUGACAACAGCAACUACUUGAAGAAACAUUCCCAGACCUGAUUUUUUGUUCUUUUUUCUCUUCUUUUUUUUGUGGUACUUCACUUCCAUGUGCAUGUUGUAAAACCAACCAUUGUACGAUGUUACGUAGAACCAUAUUAGAUAGAACUGGGGUCCCUCGCUUGCUCUCAUCCUCCACCACCUAAACGUACAGAUGUAGAACACUGAAGACCCCACACUAGCUUCGGAGCUUCCUAUUAUAACCAUGGUCAGUAUCAAAGUAGCACAGGCUUACAAGGACUUUCCGGCCAUCCAUCUGAUUAUGAUGGACACUUGUACAUAACCCCACUUACGUGAAAAUUGAAAGCCAUGCGUGUCCUACUGUUUUUGCGAAGGGCUUCGCUUCUGGGUU